CCUGGCGGCGGUCACUCGACUGCAAGAUGGCGGCCCCCAGAAGCUGGGCUCUGUGGAGCUUCUGCUGCUGUGGAUUGUCGCGGGUGAUGCCGGGCUGCAGAAUUCCUGGGCUUCGUAGCUCGUGGCCCAGGAGCCCGCUGGGUGCACGGCCUUUCUCCCAAGAGAAGCGGGCAACGGAAACGCACUUCGGGUUUGAGACUGUGUCGGAAGAGGAAAAGGGGGGCAAAGUCUAUCAGGUGUUUGAAAGUGUGGCCAAGAAGUAUGAUGUGAUGAACGAUAUGAUGAGUCUUGGUAUCCAUCGUCUUUGGAAGGAUUUGCUGCUCUGGAAGAUGCACCCGUUUCCUGGCACCCAGCUGCUUGAUGUUGCUGGAGGCACAGGUGACAUCGCAUUCCGUUUCCUUAAUUAUGUUCAGGCGCAGCAUCAGAGAAAGCAGAAGAGGCAGUUAAGGGCCCAACAAAAUUUAUCCUGGGAAGAAAUUGCCAAAAAGUACCAGAAUGAAGAGGAUUCCUUGGGUGGUUCUCACGUCAUGAUCUGUGACAUCAACAAGGAGAUGCUAAAGAUUGGAAGACGGAAAGCCUGUGCCCAGGGAUACAAAGCUGGACUUGAUUGGGUAUUGGGAGAUGCUGAAGAGCUACCCUUUGAUGAUGACAAGUUUGAUGUUUACACCAUUGCCUUUGGGAUCCGGAAUGUCACACACAUUGAUCGGGCACUCCAAGAAGCCCAUCGGGUCCUGAAACCAGGAGGACGGUUCCUGUGUUUGGAGUUUAGCCAAGUGAACAACCCCCUCGUAUCCAGGCUCUAUGAUGUAUAUAGCUUCCAGGUCAUUCCUGUCCUGGGAGAGGUCAUUGCAGGAGACUGGAAGUCCUACCAAUACCUUGUAGAGAGUAUCCGACAAUUUCCAUCUCAGGAGGAGUUCAAGGAGAUGAUAGAAGAUGCAGGUUUUCAGAAGGUGACUUAUGAAAAUCUAACAUCAGGCAUUGUAGCUAUUCAUUCUGGCUUCAAGCUAUAACUCCUUUGAGAUCCUGGAGCAUGAACCAGUCACAUCCUCUCAAAACUCUGGAGCUGAAGGAUAAUCUGAUUAGUGAGACCAGCAGCAGAACAUCUCUGAAGGCUGUGUGCCUUGAACUCAUGUUCUGAUGUGACCAAUCUCGAAGUGAAAGAAGCAAGUUCCUCUCAUUUUAUUGCAGUUUUCCUUAAGGGCUGCUUCAGUCCUUCUUCCAGAGAUAUUUGGCCUAUACUUUUUGCUUAACUCGUACUAAUUUUUCUUGACUGUGCAGCAUGUGAUUAAGGUAAAACCAGCACUAAAAUUUAGUUUUGAAGUGUAUUUGUAGCUUCUCUGCCAGUGUUGCCUUCCUGAGGGAUAAUGAAUCAUUUGAACCCAAUAAGGAUUAGAACCAGAAAACUUCCUAGCUGUACCUGAGUCCACCUUUCAGCAUAGGACUCAGUCUGGGGCCAAAUGCCAAGGCCCAAACUAGAGGGCUAAGGAUUAUAGCUAAAAUUAUGCACUGAAGCACUAAAUGAGUUUACAGUUUGCGUGGUAUUUGCCAUUUUUUCUUGGGGGAAGGGACAGUUGAAAUAAAUGUACUUUUAUCAUCA